AGCACAUCAUCUGCACUGAUCGGCGACGCUGCACACAGUACGCACUACACGCACUGGAGCUGAUCUACAGGUACAGAAGAUGGACGUGAAGGACCAAAGCGCGCAAAUGGAGCCUCUGCUGCCCGCGAUGGUCACCUCUCCUGGAAGACAAAGUGUGAGGAAUGAUGAGGAGGCCGUGGUGGACAGAGGAGGCACUCGCUCCAUGCUUAAAGCUGGACUGGAGAAGGAGGAGCUAGAGGGUCACAGGACUCUGUAUAUCGGGGUUCAUGUUCCUCUGGGCAGAAGAUCCCACCGCCGUCAUCGGCAUCACGGACACCGACACAGAAAGAGGAGCAGGGAGAGAGACUCGGGCGUCGAAGACGGACACGAAUCUCCUUCAUACAAUACUCCCUCUCAGAGGGUUCAGUUUCUGCUGGGCACUGAGGAUGAUGAUGAAGAGCACAUACCACACGACCUCUUCACCGAGCUGGAUGAGAUCUGCCUGCGUGACGGAGAGGAUGCUGAGUGGAGAGAAACCGCCAGGUGGCUGAAGUUUGAAGAGGACGUGGAGGAUGGAGGUGAGCGCUGGAGUAAACCGUACGUUGCGACACUCUCGUUGCACAGUCUCUUUGAGCUGCGGAGCUGCAUCAUCAACGGCACCGUCAUGCUGGACAUGAGAGCCAGCUCUCUGGAGGAGAUUGCAGAAAUGGUGCUGGACCAACAGGAAGUGGCUGGGCAUCUUGAAGAGGAUGUCAGGAAGAAGAUCAAAGAGGCUCUUCUGAAGCAGCACCAUCACCAGAACCAGAAGAAACUGGCCAAUCGGAUUCCCAUCGUCCGCUCCUUCGCCGACAUCGGCAAGAGGCAGUCUGAUACAAACUGCAUGGACAAAAACGGUCAGAUGAUUCCACCGCAGUCUCAACCGCUAACCACAGGGGGCAAGAAUGACAUGAGCCGUGAAAACAGUGCUGUGGACUUCAGCAAGAUAGACCUGCACUUCAUGAAGAAGAUUCCUCCGGGUGCAGAGGCCUCUAAUGUUUUGGUUGGAGAGCUGGAGUUUCUGGACAGGCCUGUCGUGGCAUUUAUCCGCCUCUCUCCUGCUGUACUGCUGAACGGCCUGGCAGAGGUGCCCAUUACCACCAGGUUCCUGUUCAUCCUGCUGGGGCCUCUGGGUAAAGGACCACAAUAUCACGAGAUUGGCAGAUCAAUUGCUACUUUAAUGACAGAUGAGGUUUUCCAUGAUGUGGCCUAUAAAGCUAAAGACCGCAAUGAUCUGAUUGCAGGAAUUGAUGAAUUUCUUGACCAAGUUACAGUUCUGCCACCGGGAGAAUGGGACCCGUCCAUCAGGAUAGAGCCACCAAAAAACGUCCCAUCCCAGGAGAAGAGAAAGAUCCCUGCAGUGCCUAAUGGAGAGCUGGCAGAGCCGGAGGAACAUGGUGGACACGGAGGCCCUGAGCUGCAGCGCACCGGGAGGCUUUUUGGUGGAUUGGUUCUGGAUGUGAAGAGGAAGGCUCCGCACUUCCUGUCGGAUUUCACAGAUGCGCUCAGCCUGCAGUGUUUGGCCUCUUUCCUGUUCCUGUACUGCGCCUGCAUGUCCCCUGUUAUCACCUUCGGAGGACUGCUGGGAGAAGCCACAGAGGGACGCAUAAGUGCAAUUGAAUCUCUGUUUGGAGCCUCCAUGACUGGAAUUGCUUACUCGUUUUUUGCCGGCCAGCCUCUCACUAUUCUGGGCAGCACCGGACCCGUCCUGGUGUUUGAGAAAAUAUUAUUCAAAUUCUGCAAGGAGUACGGGCUGUCGUAUCUGUCCCUCAGGGCAUGUAUUGGGCUGUGGACGGCGUUCCUCUGUCUGCUGCUGGUGGCCACUGAUGCCAGCUCCCUCGUCUGUUACAUCACACGCUUCACGGAGGAGGCCUUCGCCUCUCUCAUCUGCAUCAUCUUCAUCUACGAGGCCUUGGAGAAGCUCAUUCAUCUCGGGGAGACGUAUCCCAUUAACAUGAACAACAAUCUGGAGAAACUCACCACUUACAGAUGUUCCUGUAUUGAGCCUGCAAACCCCAGCAAUGCCACUCUUCAAUACUGGGAGCAGAACAACAUCUCAGCUCCGGAGAUCUUCUGGGAGGCUCUGGAAGUUCAGGACUGCAUUGAGAAGAAAGGAGAAUUUGUGGGGUCGGCUUGUGGGCCUCAUGGUCCGUACGUUCCUGAUGUUCUCUUCUGGUCUAUAGUGCUUUUCUUCUCUACUGUGGCCAUGUCAGCGUUCCUCAAAGAAUUCAAGCCCAGCCGCUACUUCCCCACCAAGGUCAGAGCCCUCAUCAGUGACUUUGCAGUCUUCAUCACUAUUUUUACGAUGGUUCUGGUGGAUUACACUUUAGGAGUGCCUUCCCCCAAACUGAAGGUCCCUAAUGUGUUUAAGCCAACUCGUGACGAUCGUGGGUGGUUCAUUAACCCGCUGGGUCCGAACCCGUGGUGGACGUGUGUGAUUACAGUCGUUCCCGCCCUCCUCUGCACCAUCCUCAUCUUUAUGGACCAGCAGAUCACAGCUGUGAUCAUCAACAGGAAGGAGCACAAGCUGAAGAAAGGCUGUGGCUAUCAUCUGGACCUGUUCAUGGUGGGCGUGAUGCUGGGCGUCUGCUCUUUGAUGGGGCUGCCGUGGUUCGUGGCAGCGACGGUUCUGUCCAUCACUCACGUCAACAGUCUGAAGCUGGAGUCCGAGUGUUCGGCGCCUGGAGAACAGCCCAAGUUCCUCGGGAUCAGAGAGCAGCGGGUCACCGGCCUCAUGAUCUUCCUCCUCAUGGGCUGCUCCGUAUUCAUGACCUCAGUGCUGAAGUUUAUUCCAAUGCCGGUGCUGUAUGGAGUUUUCCUUUACAUGGGUGCAUCUUCACUGAGAGGAAUACAGUUUUUCGAUCGUUUGAGAUUGUUCGGGAUGCCAGCUAAACACCAGCCAGACUUCAUUUACCUGAGGCACGUUCCACUCCGAAAGGUUCAUCUGUUCACCAUCAUCCAGCUCAGCUGCCUGGUUCUCCUCUGGGUCAUCAAGACCUCCAGAGCCGCCAUUGUCUUUCCCAUGAUGGUGUUGGCGCUGGUUUUCAUUAGAAAGCUGCUGGAUUUUAUCUUCACAAAGCGGGAGCUCAGCUGGCUCGAUGACCUCAUGCCCGAGAGCAAGAAGAAGAAACUGGAAGACGCUGAGCGAGAGGAGGAGCAAAGUAUUUUGGCAGAGGAAGAAGGAAUCGUACAAGUGCCAUUGGAGGGACAUUACAAAGAUGAUCCUUCUACUAUCAACAUCACUGAUGAAAUGUCUAAAGGCUCCUUUGGAAGCACUUGGAACUCCAAAACUGAUCUGAACACAAAAAGCCCCCUUUCCUAAGCUUGCAGAUGCUGAUCCCCAAAGCCUGUCUAAUAAGAAAGUGCACAAGGAGCGUUGAUGGAAAGAAGAUUCACUGUGUUCACACACACACACACACACAUUUACCUAGCUAUCCAAAUAGACGUAUUGUUUUUAAAGGAAUAGUUCACCAAAAAAAAAAAUAAAUAUAUAUAUCAAAUAAUAUA